UUCACUUUUGCAAUUUCCCAGAAAAGAAGACAACAUUACAUAAUGCAUAUAACUCCGGAGACCAAAUCGUUCUGUACGAACAAUGGCGUCAUCCUCUGCACCUCAUGUAUCCAAGUACGACGUCUUCCUCAGCUUCAGAGGAGAAGACACCCGCAAGACUAUCGUCAGUCAUUUAUACGCAGCACUUGAAAGCAGAGGAAUUGUUACUUUUAAAGAUGACAAAAGGCUUGAGAUAGGUGAUCACAUUUCCGACGAACUCCGCAGAGCCCUAGAUGGUUCCAGUUUCGCUAUUGUAGUUCUCUCCGAGAACUACGCUACUUCGAGGUGGUGCUUAUUGGAACUUCAACUGAUUAUGGAGCUUAUGAAGGAGGGGAGACUUGAAGUCUUUCCCAUCUUCUAUGGAGUUGAUCCUUCCGUGGUAAGGCAUCAGCUAGGAAGUUUCGCUUUAGAAAAGUACCAAGGUCGUCCUCAGAUGGCGGAUAAGGUUCUCAGGUGGAGAGAAGCUCUUAACUUAGUGGCCAAUCUUUCAGGCGUGGAUUCAAGAAACUGUGUUGAUGAGGCUAUAAUGGUUGGAGAAAUUGCCAGAGAUAUUUCGAGACGUGUGACGUUGUUGCAUAAAAUAGACUCUGGCAAUAUUGUUGGGAUGGAAGCUCACAUGGAAGGUCUCAGUCAUCUCUUGGAUCUGGAAUCCGAUGAGGUUCUCAUGGUAGGAGUCUGGGGAAUGGGAGGAAUUGGGAAAACCUCCAUUGUUAAGUGUCUCUAUGACCAUCUCUCACCUAAAUUUCCAGCUCAUUCUUUCACCGAAAACAUUAAGAGUAGUGUUAGUAAAGAUAGUGGCCAUGAUCUUAAGCAUUUGCAAAAGGAACUGCUCUGCAAUAUCCUCUGUGAUGAUAUUAGGUUAUGGAGCGUGGAAGCUGGAUGCCAAGAGAUAAAGAAGAGACUUGGGAAUCAAAGGGUUUUUCUUGUCCUUGAUGGUGUGGAUAAAGUGGGGCAGGUGCAUGCCUUGGCCAAAGAGAAGAACUGGUUUGGUCCUGGCAGCCGAAUUAUCAUUACCACUCGAGAUAUGGGAUUGCUCAAUACCUGUGGAGUAGAAAUCGUUUAUGAGGUUAAGUGCUUGGAUGAUAAGGAUUCCCUAGAGAUGUUUAAGCAGAUUGCUUUUGAAGGAGGAAGUCCUCCUUCUGAUGGUUUUGACAAACUCUCAAUCCGAGCUUCUCGGCUUGCUCACGGGCUUCCUUCUGCCAUUCAAGCCCAUGCCUUAUUUCUCCGUGGAAGGAAGGCGACUCCUGAGGAGUGGGAAGAAUCUUUGGGUGCACUUGAAAGCAGUCUUGAUGAGAAUAUAAUGGAAAUCUUGAAAAUUAGUUACGAGGGAUUACCUAAACCACAUCAGAAUGUAUUCCUUCAUAUGGUCUGUCUCUUCAAUGGAGACACUCUCCAGCGUAUCACUUCCCUUCUUCAUGGCCCCAUACCUCAGAGCAGCUUGUGGAUUAGAGUUUUAGCAGAGAAGUCUCUCAUCAAAAUAUCAACUAAUGGAUGUGUUAUUAUGCACAAGUUGGUAGAACAAAUGGGAAGAGAAAUUAUCCACGACGACAUGUCUUUGGCUCGAAAAUUCCUCAGGGAUCCUAUAGAAAUCCGCGAUGCCCUGGGAGGAGAACAAACUGAAUGCUUAUCCCUGCACACGUGUGAGAUGACCUGUGUGUUUUCAAUGGAGGCCAGCGUCGUUGGCCGUAUGCAUAAUCUCAAGUUUCUCAAAGUUUACAAGCAUGUAGAUUACAUCGAGUCGAAGCUGCAACUCAUUCCAGAGCAACCGUUCCUGCCUCGUAGCCUAAGGUUAUUCCAUUGGGAUGCAUUUCCAUUGAGAGCCCUGCCUUCCGGUUCGGAUCCAUGUUUUCUUGUUGAACUCAAUCUGCGUUACAGUGAUUUAGAAACUCUCUGGAGUGGAACACCGAUGUUGAAGAGUUUGAAGAGACUAGAUGUGACGGGAUCUAAGUAUCUCAAGCAGCUUCCAGAUCUUUCAAGUAUCACGAGUCUUGAGGAACUGAUUCUGGAACACUGCACGAGACUGGAGGGCAUCCCAGAGUGUAUUGGAAAAAGGUCUUCCCUGAAGAAGCUUAAGCUAUCCUACUGUGGUGGCAGGCUUAGAAGUGCCCUGCGGUUUUUUUUACGGAAAUCUACAAGACAGCAACAUAUUGGACUGGAGUUCCCAGACGCAAAAGUGAAAAUGGAUGCACUUAUAAACAUAACGAUUGGAGGAGACAUAAGCUUUGAGUUUUGUUCAAAAUUUAAAGGAUAUGCUGAAUACGUCUCUUUUAAUUCUGAGCAACAGAUACCCGUUCUAUCGACGAUGAGUCUGCAACAAGCACCUUGGGUCAUGUCAGAGUGCAACAGAUUCAAUUCCCUCAGCAUCAUGAGGUUCAGCCACAAAGAAAAUGGUGAAUCUUUCUCCUUUGACAGCUUUCCUGAUUUUCCCGACCUGAAAGAGCUAACACUAGUGAACUUAAACAUCCGGAAAAUCCCAUUUGGGAUUUGUUACUUGGAGCUCUUAGAGAAGCUGGACCUCAGCGGAAAUGAUUUUGAGAACUUACCAGAAGCUAUGAAUAGCCUCUCCCGGUUGAAUACUCUCUGUCUUCGAAACUGCUGCAGGCUCAAGGAGUUACCAGAGCUGCCUCAGGUACAGUCACUGACACUUUCAAACUGUAGAAAUCUCAGAUCAUUGGUGAAACUCUUUGACACAAGCCGUCUGGGAAGAUUCAGUUUGCUUGAGCUUAGCCUUGAAAACUGCAACAGUGUUAAGCCAUUAUCAGAUCAGCUUGGUUAUUUCACCAAGUUGACAUAUUUAGAUCUUAGCAGCCAUGAUUUUGAGAGAUUACCAUCAAGCAUCAGAGAUCUUACCUCUUUAGUAACUCUCUGCCUCAAUAACUGCAAGAAACUCAUAUCACUGGAAGAACUCCCUUUGAGCCUCCAGUUUCUUGAUGCAAACGGUUGUGAUUCACUCGAAGCUGAUUCUGUAGAAUAUUCCAAGGAAUUACCAAACAAAGAGGUACAGCCGCGAAAAGACUGCUUUCAAGACAGUGAGAUGCCGAGUUAUGUACUGAAAAACCAAGCCACAAGAAGUGGCCGAAACAUCCGCCUUCCAAAGAUCACACCCUCGCUCAUGUUUGUAGGCAUACCUCUCUGCAUGACGCUAGUGGCUAUUCUUGUGAUUUUUCUCUUGCGUGUUUUCAAUUGAAACUCAAGACUCAAACCAGAGACCAGUCACCAGCAGCUUCCUCAAGACUUACCAGGUUGUAGCAACAAACAUUACUACAUUUCAACUAAUGAAGAAUUAAGGUCA